AUGCCUCCGCGCGCGCCGCCAGCGCCCGGGCCCCGGCCGCCGCCCCGGGCCGCCGAUGUCGCGCGAGGCUCAGGGGCCGCCGGCCGGCACGGGCUCCCGCCGCUCGCACUGCGCCCCUGGCGUUGGCUGCUUCUGCUCGCGCUGCCCGCCGCCUGCUCCGCGCUGCCGCCGCCGCGCCCCGUCUACACCAACCACUGGGCAGUGCAAGUGCUGGGCGGCCCCGGCGCGGCGGACCGCGUGGCUGCGGCGCACGGCUACCUCAACUUGGGCCAGAUCGGAAACCUGGAUGAUUACUACCAUUUUUACCACAGCAAGACCUUCAAGCGAUCCACCCUGAGUAGCAGAGGCCCUCACACCUUCCUCAGAAUGGACCCACAGGUAAAAUGGCUCCAACAACAAGAAGUGAAGCGCAGGGUCAAGAGGCAGGCGCGAGGCGACUCUCUUUAUUUCAACGAUCCCAUUUGGUCCAACAUGUGGUACAUGCAUUGUGCCGAUAAGAACAGUCGCUGUCGUUCAGAGAUGAACGUCCAGGCGGCAUGGAAGCGAGGCUACACGGGAAAGAAUGUGGUGGUCACCAUCCUUGAUGACGGCAUAGAGAGGAAUCACCCAGACCUGGCCCCCAACUAUGAUUCCUAUGCAAGCUAUGAUGUCAACGGAAACGAUUAUGACCCAUCUCCGCGAUAUGACGCCAGCAAUGAGAAUAAACACGGCACCCGCUGUGCGGGAGAAGUCGCUGCUUCGGCCAACAACUCCUACUGCAUCGUGGGCAUAGCGUAUAACGCAAAGAUAGGAGUGGAGCCUGGCGGUGUGAGCAACUGCUUGCUCAGAUGGCAGCUGUUGGCCUCCUUGGGUGGGGCUGGGGAGGGCUGCAGCUUCAUCUGCAUCACCUACAAAGAAUGUGAGGUGCGUGAGGUGCGAAGCAACCAGUUAACCUGGAGGGAUGUGCAGCACCUGCUAGUGAAGACGUCACGGCCAGCUCAUCUGAAGGCGAGCGACUGGAAAGUCAACGGUGCUGGGCAUAAAGUUAGCCAUCUCUAUGGAUUUGGCUUGGUGGAUGCCGAAGCUCUCGUCCUGGAGGCCAGGAAGUGGACAGCAGUGCCAUCCCAGCACGUAUGCGUGGCCACUGCAGACAAAAGGCCCAGGAGUAUCCCCAUAGUGCAGGUGCUGCGGACCACAGCCCUGACCAACGCCUGCGCGGACCACUCAGACCAGCGCGUGGUCUACCUUGAGCAUGUCGUAGUUCGCAUCUCGAUCUCCCACCCACGCCGGGGGGACCUCCAGAUCCACCUGAUUUCUCCCUCUGGAACCAAGUCUCAACUUUUGGCAAAGAGAUUGCUGGAUUUUUCCAAUGAGGGCUUCACCAACUGGGAAUUCAUGACCGUCCACUGCUGGGGAGAAAAAGCUGAAGGGGAAUGGACUUUGGAAAUUCAGGAUAUACCGUCCCAGGUUCGCAACCCAGAGAAACAAGGAAAGUUGAAAGAGUGGAGCCUCAUUUUAUACGGCACCGCGGAGCACCCGUACCGCACGUUCAGUUCCCAUCAGUCUCGCUCACGGAUGCUGGAGCUCUCAGUCCCUGAGCUGGAGCCUCUCAAAGUUGCUGGGCCACCACCUCAGGCAGAGACUCCCGAGGAUGAGGAAGAGUACACAGCUCCUUCCACCCAAGGCUCUUCUAAUACUUUACAGACCAGUGUGUGCCAUCCUGAGUGCGGAGACAAAGGCUGCGAUGGCCCCAACGCAGACCAGUGCUUGAACUGUGUCCACUUCAGCCUGGGCAACGCCAAGACAAGCAGGAAGUGUGUGAGCGAGUGCCCCUUGGGCUACUUCGGGGACACAGCAGCAAGACGCUGCCGUAGAUGCCAUAAGGGAUGCGAGACCUGCACGGGCAGGAGCCCAACACAGUGCCUGUCCUGUCGCCGUGGGUUUUACCACCACCAGGAGACGAACACCUGUGUGACCCUCUGCCCUGCCGGGCUUUAUGCUGAUGAAAGUCAGAGACACUGCCUCAAGUGCCACCCAAGCUGUCAAACGUGCGUGGAUGAGCCCGAGAAGUGCACUAUGUGUAAGGAAGGAUUCAGCCUUGCACGGGGCAGCUGCAUUCCAGACUGUGAACCGGGCACCUACUUCGAUUCUGAGCUGAUCAGAUGUGGGGAGUGCCAUCACACCUGCCGAACCUGCGUAGGGCCCAGCAGAGAAGAAUGUAUCCACUGUGCAAAAAGCUUCCACUUCCAAGACUGGAAAUGUGUGCCAGCAUGUGGUGAGGGCUUCUACCCAGAGGAGAUGCCUGGCUUACCCCACAAAGUGUGUCGAAGAUGUGACGAAAACUGCCUGAGCUGCGAGGGAUCCAGUAGGAACUGCAGCAGAUGUAAGGCUGGCUUCGCGCAGCUGGGGACCUCCUGCAUCACCAACCACACGUGCAGCAAUGCUGAUGAGACCUUCUGUGAGAUGGUGAAGUCCAAUCGGCUCUGUGAACGGAAGCUCUUCAUCCAGUUCUGCUGCCGCACCUGCCUCCUGGCUGGGUAGGGCACCAGCCGCCUGCAGAGGGCAGGGUCCUCCCGUCUGCCCAUUUGCCCGUCCACCUUCCUCCAGACGGUCAGCCAUAGCCUGUUCCUGGGGUGGCCCUGCCUCUGACAGCUGGAUCUCCUGCUGCGGCAUCUCUCAGCACCUGAACCAGGUGGAGGUGGCCCUUAGGGACAAUGUGGCUAAAAUCGCAACACCCCCUCAAACUCUGCUUGCUGGCUGCAGUCUAAAGUCGAACUCCGAAUGGGAACAAAAUGAAUUAUGAGACUUACAGCUGCAGCUUCAGAGUGGCUUCUGGGACCCUAGUUUACUGAGAUUUCAAGACCAAAGCAGAAAAGGAGAGAUGCCUGGCACCACAUGGAGUCCCCCUCCCACACGUUUGUGUGACCGUGGCAAAUCUCACCGAGCUGGCUGGCAGGUCCCUCGGCUGUCCUCACCUAUGAUGAAGGGCCUAGCCUCCUCCUACCCAUGUGUCACUAGCCACCAAACAGCCCAAGGGACAGUUUGGUCAGACUGUAAAUAAAAGAGGUUUCAGGGCAUAAGAUGUAUGACCACUGGGGAUAGAAUCUAUGUCAAUGUAGCCAGCUCCUUCCAAAACUGCAGCCACCGCCUCGAAGGUCCAGCACCAAACCGGCACAGAUCAUUCUCUCGUCAGCGUGCUCCUGAGGGAGCCCAGCUAGCUUCAUGACUGUUCUUCCUGUGUCCCUGGGGCCUCCUGGGCCCGAGCCACCAGCCAUCUACAGAUGCAGAGCCUGCGGAGGAGGAUCCAAGGGAGGUAAUUAGGGCUAGCCAAAAGACACCUGAUGGCCAAGCAGUUCCUCCUCAGACAUGCAAAGCCAGCCCCUGAAUCACUAAUCGCCAGCCCUCCACAUCACACAACUGCUUUUCAAGUGCAUUCGGCCUCUGCUCUCAGGACUCUGUUCUCGGGUGGAUGCUGCUCUGGUCCAGUAGAGUACGAGCCUACACGAUAUAGCUGGAUUGAUUUCUGCCAAGCCUAUGUAGGCAUUUUAUAAGCUACGUGUUCUAAUUUUUACCGAUGUUAAUUAUUUUGACAAAUAUUUCAUAUAUUUUCAUUGAAAUGCGCAGAUCUGCUUGAUCAGUUCCCUUUAAUAUGGGAAUAACAUUUGCCUUAAAUUUUUCCAACCUUGUCUCUCUCCAUAUUGUCCCGCUCCCCUCUCUUGACUGAAAAAUGUGUUUUGCCACCUGUGAGUGGCAAGGACCCAGCUGUUGUCUGUUGAAUCCACAACUUCAAAUAAGAAAUCAGUGAAGCAAAUCUAAUGUUAACCCUGAGUUAAUAAAAGAGUUAACAUCCCAUUGCAAA